GAUGUGUUUGGAUAUGAAGGGUACGGAGGAAGAACUGAAAUAAAAAAUAUUUAAAGUGCUAAACCACUCAACACUGUCUCAUCGAAAACAAACUCAUACAAUCUUUUUUUAAAAUCACAGUUUUUAUUUCUACAAUUCAAGUUGAGAAAAAAAAGAUAAAAUCUGUAAGAAAGUGAAGGGUACGGAGGAAAAACUAAAAUUAAAAAAAUGAAAUUGAGAUUUAAACUGCUAAACCAUUCGACAUCCUGUCUCAACGAAGACAAACUGAGCGGGGAUGAGUGAUACUAUUAUGCUGGAAGGUGGGAGCCCACCCGUCAAGCUGAAGCCCAUGGGCACGUCGACUCAUUCCAAUGGGAGCCAGCUGUUUCACAUCACGUCCGGAGAAGGGGGCGGGCCGUCUCCGGCCGGUUCCUUGAGACACAAAUCGGGGAGUUUGAGCAAAAAACAGGCGAACAAACCGCCCCCGGACUCGCUCGUCAUCAACAUCAAGAGGCCUUUUUCUUUCAACCACCUUCCACAACGGCCACCGGUUCACAUCCAGUUCAACAAACUGUCUUACUGCAUCUCGCAAGAAUGCAACGGAGGGCAGAAGUCUCUUUUGAAAAGCAUCAGCGGCAAGUUCCAAUCUGGGGAGUUGACCGCUAUAAUGGGACCGUCUGGAGCUGGAAAGAGUACCCUUAUGAACGUCCUUGCUGGCUACAGAACAUCCGGAGUCACCGGAUCUGUCCUUAUAAACGGGAAAGACAGGAAUUCCAGGAGAUUCAGGAAAAUGUCUUGCUAUAUAAUGCAAGACGACAGGCUUUUACCGCAUCUGACUGUGUGGGAAUCUAUGACAGUUUCAGCGAACCUUAAGCUCGGCCGGAACAUGACCAAGAAAGAAAAACGAGUAGUGGUGGAAGAAAUCCUGGAAACUUUGGGUCUCUUGGAUUGCAGCAAUACGAGAACAUGCAAUUUGUCAGGUGGCCAGAGAAAAAGGCUUUCCAUCGCACUCGAGCUCGUCAACAAUCCACCAGUCAUGUUUUUCGACGAGCCAACCAGCGGUUUAGAUAGUUCUUCUUGCUUCCAAUGCCUUUCACUUCUGAAAUGCCUCGCACGAGGUGGCAGGACAAUCAUAUGCACGAUACACCAGCCUAGCGCAAGGCUUUUUGAAAUGUUCGACCACUUGUAUACAUUGGCCGAUGGGCAGUGCAUUUACCAAGGUGAUGUCUCAGGCCUUGUGCCCUUCCUCAGCUCGCUGAACCUCGAGUGCCCCAGCUACCACAACCCGGCUGAUUACGUGAUGGAAGUAGCUUGCGGCGAACACGGCGAUGUCCACGAUAAACUCGUUCUUGCCGUCAUCAACGGAAAGUGUGCCAUUUACAACUCCCAUGAGAAACACCACAAAGAAUUAAUGGCCAAUGGUGAUGCCACUCAUACAAAUUUGAAUGCUGUUUCCUGCACAUCAGCGUUGCUUCAUUCAGACGAGAGCCUGAGCACGCUUGGCCCCAGCCCUGGAUUUCCGACAUCGAGCUUCAAACAAUUUGCUAUACUUAUUAACAGAACUUUCAUUUCAAUUAUUCGCGACCAGAUGUUAACUCGUAUGCGGCUGAUGUCACAUAUUUUAAUCGGCCUACUCAUCGGUCUCAUAUACUACGACAUUGGGAACGAAGCGUCUAAAGUUAUGAACAAUGCCGGAUGCAUAUUUUUCACCGUACUUUUUCUUAUGUUCACAGCCAUGAUGCCUACUGUAUUGACGUUUCCUUUGGAGAUGUCAGUGUUUGUUAGGGAGCACUUAAAUUAUUGGUAUUCUCUCAAAUCUUUUUACAUAGCUAAAACGAUGGCCGAUCUACCGUUUCAGAUUGUAUUUUCGAUAGUGUAUAUUGCUAUAGUGUAUUUUAUGACAUCACAGCCGCUGGAUCCAGUCAGGUUUUUUAUGGUGCUGCUGAUGUGCGUACUGACUUCACUCGUUGCGCAAAGCCUUGGGCUUCUUAUAGGGGCAGCUAUGGAUAUUGAGACUGGAGUUUUUCUUGGCCCAGUGACGUCGAUACCUGUCCUCCUCUUCUCGGGGUUCUUCGUCAACUUCAGCACGAUACCGUGGUACAUGCAAUGGGUCACGUAUAUCAGCUACAUACGUUACGGCUUUGAAGGGUGCAUGAUAGCAAUUUACGGCGGGAACAGGGCGAAGCUACACUGUUCCGAGGCGUACUGCCAUUUCAAAAGCCCGUCCAAGUUCCUCGAGUUUAUGGAUAUGUCCGGCGUCGAAUACUGGAUCGAUGUCGUCGCCCUGAUCGGCUUUUUCCUACUGUUGAGAGUCGGGGCUUAUUUCGCGCUUAAGCUCAAGCUCAAGCUGAACACCUAAAAAGAAGUCUCAAUUUGUAAAUACUGGUUUUUAACAAAAAAACACAAAAGUAUUAUACAUCGCACUUUUGAUCGUUGUAUAUAUACAUUUGUGAAAAUAACUAAAUCAUUGAAAUGGGUACAAUAUAUCAUAAAGAUUUGAUCAAUUAUUAAAAUUGAAUCAUUUACCUCAUGGAUAAAAAUUUUUUAAUAAAAUGUUUUCACACUAGUAAUAGAUUUGAACAAUUUAUAUUAAUAAUAAUUCGGUCUUUAUAAUAAAGCCUGUACCACAUGCAAUUUAAAAUUUAGAAUUAAAAAAAAAAAAUUAGCUCUAUGUAUAAGAAAAGUACUUUUCCUCGUUUUUUUUCUUUAGUGAGCAAUGCAACAAUAGGUCAAUUUUAAAAGAAGUUGAGUCUAUAUUUGCUUUAAGGACUGUCAUUAAAAAAACUGUCAAAAUAAAAUUUGCAAUAUAUCUAUUGGUAUAAUUAAAAAAAAAAUUGUAAUGCAGCAACUGGCAGUUAUAUAUUUUGCAACGGGACCAAAUAAUAAAACACAUUUGGUUUCUCUUUAGAAAAUGUUCAUUUGAAGUAUCAACUCAAAUAUUUAGGGAAAGAAUAAACUAUAAUUUUUAAAAUGCAAAUGACUGUCCUUGAAACAUAUAUCAAUAUUGUGCUCAUUAAUAGUAAAAAUUAAGAUUUUUAGCUCAA